ACGCGCACAGAUAUUACAAAACGAGAUUUGCAAACUACAGCAUUAUUCUGUGCUAGACGUAAACAAAAUAUUGUCACCGCAUAGAUAUUUUCCGUUUGGGUACAUCAUUAUUUUAAACGUAUUUUCUUUACGUGUGAAAAGUUGAGACUGCACAAGAUAUGAUGCUUGAGUCGAUUGAAGUUACAGAAAGUCUUCGAUGGCCAGAGAUGGAAACUUCUAAGAGUUGCGUCCUGAACCCUAUGGAGAAGCCUGUGAGCCCCAGUCAGUUGCAUCUAGAGCGCAUAUCCUCAGGCGUACUGAAAGAUCUGUUUAACACUGCCACUAACAGCUACAACACACUGCUUCAGAAAGAGUCAGAUGCUCAGGAGAACCCUAAACAUUCCUCCUACAUAGGUCCCAAAAGAGUCUCCACAGCAACUCAUGGUGAAAGACGCCUGCCGUCCCUGGCUCCUCUCUCCAUGAGUGGCCUGGCCUUUGGUUGCAGAGACACUAGGCAUGCCCAGUCUGUGUUCUCCUGUUUCUCCACCAGCAAUUCUAAGCAAACAAACAGCAUUACCUUGCUUGGCAGUUCCAUCCGUCUGUCCCCCUGCCCCAUCUCCAAGCCUAAAAACAGCUGCCCAGCUAGCACAAAACUUCCACAGCUGCCCAGAGUGCUACCAACUGCUCGUGAUGGAGAGAACUCACUCAAGAAGCUGUGCAUCCUCACUGCUAUUAAACCAUCCAAUGUGGAGAAGGAAAAAGCCAGGUUUUUUAAAUCAGACUUUAAAAACAACCCUCAAUUUGAGUACAGCAAUCCUCUGCCUCCACAGGUACUAGCAAAGCAUAAUAAUGCUUCGGAUCGCUUUCUCACACAGGCUGUGCGGAUCAUGGAGCUGGCCCUGCAGAAAUAUGGCUCCUAUGAGAAGUUCGAGCAAGCCACAGGAGGAAAUCUCCUCACCAAGAGCCGCAUUGGGUCCCAUGUCAAAAAAUACAUGGAGAAGGAAGGAUGCACAGGAGAGAUUGUGGUUCAUCUUACUGAUGACCUGCUGUCCAGAGCGUCAAUGACUGUGGUGAACGGCAGACCUACACUCACCAUCAACAUCUCUACUGCCAGAGAGCAGUGGCUGGAGGGGAUGCUAAGGCAUGAAAUUGGUACGCACUAUUUCCGUGGCAUCAACAACAGUCGUCAGCCGUGGAGCAGCAUCGGUGGUAGGAAGAAACACGGUCUGCGGCCUAUCAACCCCACUGAGGAGGGUCUGGCAAGCAUCCAUAGUGUGCUCUUCCGCAAGGAUCCCAUCCUGUGGCGCGCAGCCCUGCUCUACUACACCGUCUAUCAAGCCAGCCGCAUGUCCUUCUCACAGCUGUUUCACGACCUGCGUCGAUUCGUCCAUGACCCCAACACACGAUGGGACUACUGCGUCAGAGCCAAACGAGGACAGACAGACACCACAUUGCCAGGGUGUUUCAGUAAGGACCAGGUUUAUUUAGAUGGCAUCUUGAAGAUCUUCAGACACCGAGAAAAGAUUGACUUCCAGCUGCUCAUGGCUCUGGGAAAGGUGUCCUAUGAGGAUGUGGAGCGUCUGAAAGGUCUGGCUCUGAUGGAUCAUGUGCGGAUUCCGCACUUCCUACAGGACCAAGCGCAUUACACAGAGCAGCUUCAUAAAAUCAUGGAGGUCAACCAGUUAACUGACGCAGAGCUGAGCACACUCAUCUGAACAUGUGGUCUUUGAGUUUCUGUUCUUACAAAUGAAACAGCUGCUUUGUAAAUAGGUGAAUUUCAUCAAGAAUAUGUCCAGAUCAAUAUUUUAAAUACUUCCUCUCCAAUUCUGUAACAAAUUAUUUUGUCACAAAAUAAUUUUGAUUACUGCGAUGUGCAAAUUAGCAGCAUUCCUCUAAUUAAAAUGAUCAUUAACAUAAUAUAGUAAUUCAAAACAUGAUUUUUAUGUGUAUAAAAUGUGAUCCUGGCAUGUUUUUAUGAGUUUCACCCUGGUGAGGACUGAAAAACAAAGAGAUUUCUGGGAUAAAGACUGCAAUACAUAGUCAUACAGUGGCCUAUAGAGCUGUAUUUGUUUUUCUUCAGUGAAAGUUAUUCUUUGAGUAUUAUUGAAGGGCGUUGAGUCCUAUCAGAAGACACUCAGGACAUUUGUAUUCUCUUUUGAGGAGGUAUUGAAAUUAAUGCCAAAAUUACAGAUUUCCAUCAGUUACAUGUUGCCAAACACUCAUAUGAACUACAAGUUCCUUAAGCCAUUUAUUUUCUC